AUGGCUCCCGCUCAAGUUGUCAACGUGACCCUUCCCUCCUUGCCUGCUGGCUGGACUGCUGAGAAAGACUUCAAGUCCGUCGGUACCCUCUCUGCUGCCACUCAGCGUAAUUUGGAGCCCGUUGGCCCUCACUUCCUCGCUCACGCCCGCCGUAAGCGUCACAACCGUACCUUCUCUGAGGACGAGCGUCUCCAGGCCCAGCAGAAUGUCAAGAAGACUGAGGAUGAGGAGGAUGAUGAGAUCUCCGAGGAUGAGGACCCCAUGAUGCUUGCCCGUGAGGCUAAGGACUGGAAGUCCCAGGACCACUACGCCGUUCUCGGUCUGACCCGCUACCGUUGGCGCGCAACCCCCGAGCAGAUCAAGCGUGCUCACCGCAAGAAGGUUCUGCGCCACCACCCCGAUAAGAAGGCUGCCUCCGGUCAGCGUGACGAGAACGACAGCUUCUUCAAGUGUAUCCAGAUCGCCACCGAGCUUCUGCUCGACAACACCCGCCGUCGCCAGUUCGACUCCGUCGAUGAGGCCGCCGACGUUGAGCCCCCUACCAAGAAGCAGACCCAGAAGAACUACUACAAGGCCUGGUCCCCUGUCUUCGAGGCUGAGGGUCGUUUCUCCAUCAAGCAGCCUGUCCCUCAGUUCGGUCACGAUGAGAGCGCCCAGGAGGAGGUCGAGACUUUCUACAACUUCUGGUACAACUUUGACAGCUGGCGUACAUUCGAGUACCUCGAUGAGGAUGUUCCCGAUGAUGGUGAGAGCCGUGACCAGAAGCGUCACACCGAGAAGAAGAACGCCAACGCCCGCCGUAAGCGCAAGAACGAGGAUGUCGCCCGUCUCCGUGAGCUCGUCGACGAGGUUCUCGCUGGUGAUGAGCGUAUCAAGAAGUUCCGUCAGCAAGCCCGUGCUGGUAAGGACGCUAAGCGCAAGGCCAAGGAGGAAGAGGCCCAGCGUCUGAAGGACGAGAAGGAGCGCAAGAAGGCCGAGGAGGAGCAGGCUAAGAAGGAUGCCGAGGAGUCUGCCAAGGCUGAGCGUGAGAAGAACAAGAAGGCCAAGGAGGCUGCUAAGAACGCUGCCAAGAAGAACAAGCGUGUUCUGAAGGGUUCCGUCAAGGAUGUCAACUACUUCGCUGACGGCGAGGCCUCUGCUUCCCAGGUUGACUCCGUCCUCGGUGACGUUGAGCUCAUCAUGGGCAAGAUCGAUGUUGAUGAGCUUGCUGCUCUCGCUGAGAAGCUCAACAUUGCUGGCAAGGAUGGUGCUGCCGUCAAGGCUGCUUACACCGCCGAGGCUAAGCGCCUUGUUGAUGCUGGCAAGAUCAAGGGCAGCGAGGUCAAGGUCUUCGCUUAG